CUAAUCCUUCAACAGGUUCAUGUCCCAUUCUUUCCAUCACUGUUUUUCCACCCACAUGUUUAUCUUACAGCUCGUCGAUCAUUAUUCCAGAAUGGAGCUAAAGGGACUUUAAUGUCCCCACACAGGACAAAUAUACAGAAGAUGCACAAGAGCGAGAAACAUGUUCCGGCGAGACGAAGAAUAACAUCCUAUAUACAUUCAAGAGGUCAAGACAAGUUAAAGAAUGCGGAGAAUAUACACAGAAAUGAUGGGAAUAAAGUGACAUGAAUGAGACACAAAAGAGAGUGGAGUUGUACAGUAUACAGUAUAGUGAAACCCUGAAUAACUGAGGAAGAUAGAGAGAGAGAUGAGACAAACACUAGCUGAGUCCGCACGAACGCAGUGACAACCACCACACCAUAGUAUUGUUAGUAGUAAUCUGGCUUCGGUCCCUCAGGGUGAACACACCCAGAAUACAGGAUAUGAUUCGGCGCCAGCCCUGGGGUCAACUGAGAGGCCAGUUCGGCCGUUUUGCUGCCGAAAGAGGGUUCCUAGAUGACGCUCUAAUCCAUGGUCAGCUCGCGCGAUAUGCGUGCAAGCGCACUUUUGGCAAUGGUGCAGGCGAAGCCUGUUCCGCUUGGCCACCGGAAGUGUGGCAUUCAAAAACCGGUUUGAGGAACGAUUAUUUCGGGAAAAUUCUGAACCACGAGGCUCCAAUUCCGUUGCACUUCAACUUUGCUAAGGAUGUGUUCGCUGCGCACGCGAUGGACGUCGCCACCGGGGAUUCGGAUGCGUUGGUUCACGUGGCUAAAGAUGGCACCGAGACGAGGCUUUCGUUUCACGAUUUACUGGAAUGGAGUCAGAAAAUCGCGCGAUUUCUCAAAGAAGAUUGUGGAUUUCAACCAAUGAAUAGAGUGAUUGUCAUCCUGCCAAGGAUUCCGGAAUGGUGGGCUCUUAAUCUUGCAGCAAUUCAGUGUGGGGUGCUGCUGAUUCCGGGGACAGUGCAGCUGACUAGCAGCGACAUCGCGAAGCGAUUGCUGACAGCUGAGGCCCACGGCGUGAUUUGCUCCCAGGAAACCCUGGCCCGAGUCCAAGAGGCCCUGGAGAAACGGAGCCCGGCGCCGGUGCACCGCCUCCGGGCGACCAUUAUCGCCGCCAGCAGCUCGGCAACGACCGACCCUACUCCCCUUGUGCCGCCGGGAUGGAAAGUACUUCCUGGAUUACAAGACAAAGACCUGGAUCCUUUAACAGGGUACUUUCCAAGCAGAUCUGGAGACCCUUGCAACCUGUUUUUCACUUCUGGGACCACAGGGUUGCCAAAAUUGACAUUAGUGAAUCAUGUCAGCUAUGGUAUGGGCCACUGGGGAACUGGAAGAUUAUGGCUGAACAGUGGUUCUGAAGAUUUAGUCUGGAAUUUGUCUGACACUGGAUGGGCAAAAGCAGCGUAUUCCUCAUUUUAUUCCCCAUGGAUUGCAUGUGCAACUGUUUUCUCAGCUGAGGUGAAGCAAACUUUAUAUGUUGAACAAUUUUAG